AAUAAAAACAAAUCGGAAGUUUUCCAAAAAGGGGUCGUACGGGUCGUAUAAAAUUUACAUGUUUACUAAAAAGUUUUAAUUUAAAAACUCUACGAUCAAUAAUUAUUGAAGGGAUAAGCUACUUGUUUACGUCCAAGGUUGCGUCCUGUUGAAAAGUUACCUUAGAAUCACGAGCGAUUCCAGGAUGCUGAAGUCGAACUCAACGCCGGUUCAACCAAACAUCACAAUGCGACCUGUCCGAAGACCAGUUCAGCGAGACAAUCCCGACCCCUUCAUCUACCUGGAGGCUCCCAACGAACCGGUGGCCGAAAUGGACCAUCUGUUCCACCCCACCGAGGAGGCCCAGUUCUGGGAGCGACUGGCGUUCGCCGGAGUCACCUGCUGCUGCGAAAAGCUGCUUCAGAACGAAAUCAUGCUGCGGCAGCAUCAAUCGCGUCUUCACGCGGACGAUGAAGUCAGCCGGGGUCGUUACAAGUGCAUCGACUGCAAUCGGUACUUUAACUCGCCCCUUCAGCUGUCGGAACAUCUGGAGGUUCGCAAGGGCAAGGAUUUCUACCGUUGCAAGAUCUGCAACGUGUUGACCAAGCAAUGGCAGCACCUGCAGCUUCACUUUGAGUUUACUCGGUUUCAUCCGAUUUUGGACGUUUCAGAGGAGGAACGACUCAAGUUCGAAGAGGCCGUUGAAACGGUGACCAGUUCCGAUGGGCGCUGUUGUGGUUGCGAUCUUACGUUCUCAAGUGGCGAAGAGCUGUUCCGGCAUACCAGCGAAUCGCACCAGUCUGAGGAGCACAUGCAGUUUGCGUGCACAAUUUGUCACCAGAGCCACUCCGAUUGGAACAGUCUUCACAAGCACCAGCAACUGUUCAUCGGAGAAAGAACUUAUCGAUGUCGAGUAGCUGACUGUGGCUUCCAAUCCGAAUCUCGACAAACACUCAAGAAGCACGUGGACGUCGGAGUCCACGGCAGUCUGACCGAUUUGCCUCAACCAAUCAAGAAGGUGGAACCCAUCCGAUUCCACUGCUGCUUCUCGCUGUGCUCCAAAACGUUCGAAGAACGAGACGAAUUGGACCGCCACUGCCGCGAGGAACACGCGGAACGACGUGCCUUCAACAGCAUACACAGCAAGGACUCAACUCAAAACGUCUGCUCGCUUUGCGCUCGAGUCUUCCCCACGGACAAGCUCUACGCCAGCCACCUCGAAUCGCUGACGGCUCCGAAGGCGAUGUGCAGUACCUGUGGCAAAACCGUGUCCCGUUACGGAAUCACCAAGCACAUGCGACUUCACACCGAAGCUAAAAGCAAGAGCUUCACCUGCCAGGAGUGUGGCAAGGUCUACGCGACCAAGGUAGGCCUGCUCAAGCACGAGAAACGUGACCAUCUCAACGAAUUCCCUGAGGCUUGCCAGUUCUGCGAAAAGCGCUUCAUCCUGAAGAGUGACCUGAAGCACCACAUGGCGAUGCGGCACACGCAGCAUCGUCCGUACAAGUGCUCCCAGUGUGAGCUCGCUUUCGUGACCCGCCAGCAGCUGGCCCGACACACGGCAACGCACACCGAUGAACGGCCGUACGAUUGUAGCUACUGCUCGAACACGUACCGCCACGACGCCGAUCGGAAGCGGCACGAGCAGGGAGUUCAUCUCAACGAGAAGCACUUCAAGUGUGGGCUGUGCGACGCGGCGUUCGUCCGGGAGCGAGAAUUGCGGCUGCACACAGGUUCCGUUCAUAAGCGUUAGUUAAACACACAAAUUCUUUUAUG